AUGUUACAUCAGGUUAUUAAAGGAUGGGAUAUUGGUAUUAAGACAGUGAAGAAAGGCGAAAACGCUGUAUUCACUAUCCCUGCAGAGCUGGUAUAUGGAGAGUCUGGUUCACCGCCAACCAUCCCUGUAAACGCCACGCUUCAGUUUGAUGUGGAGUUGCAUACAUGGUUAGUUGAAAUGGGCAGGCCUGGUGUUAUGGCUGGUAAAGCUGCUGGGACAAAAGUGAUUGCUGUUCCUUCUCUUCCUAAACAGACACAUCUUUAUACCUCCGCUGAUGAAGUCAUCAAUUCUCUACUCGACAUAAGACCAGAGAAAUGGGCUCUUCCUCCAUUUUAA